AACAACGGCGACCAAGCGACCGAAGAGGAGUCGUGCAAAAGUUCUGAAGUUCUCCGCCUGGAUUAGAAACUGUAGUCGCAUUUCCAAGAUUGUCCCAGCCUCCGUACAACGUCAAACAACACCAUGUGCGACUCACCGACAAAGAACUACACAUAUUUUCAUGAAAUGAUCCAACAAAGAGAGCUUGAUGAGCCCCGGAGGCGUCUCUCAACUCGUCGAUCGCCUUCUACCUCAUCGUCGUCCUCGUCCAACGAAGACGAACCCGCUGAAAAGCCCAGGACGAAUGACGUCGAGCAAAUUGCUGUUAACGGUAAAGGCAAGGCCGAAGUAAGCGGAACAAAAGAGGAGGCGGAGAACGACGGCGUGCACUGCGAUCCAGGUAUGAAGAGUGGGCUGCAGCACCUCUACUCUGGAAAAGAAGACAAAAAAGGUAGAUUUCAGUGGCAAGAUAAGAUUCCCGAAGACAUUGGGGAUCCAGUGGAGAAUGACGAGACAGCAAAAUGGGCAUUGCUGGUGCGAAAUGUCAAAGUCUACAACGACCCCACGCGAGUCUUGUCCGUACACUCGAUCGUUGUCCAGAGCCCUCUACUCAAGACACUGCUCGCGGGAGUCCUGAAAAACUACCCUGGAGUCACCGUCGGCUUGAAUCGACUCGAGUUCUCGGGCAAGUUUGAACCGCUCAUCCAUCGAUGGACUGAAUUACAAGAAGCUAUUGGCAAACUAGGCGAUGAGACCGAGGAUCAACAGACGACGAAAGCGCAUGCCGAACUACUCCAGGAGGUUCUCGUCAAGGAAUUCAAGAGCAUGAUCGAUACGUCUCAGGACAUGAAGAGCAAGCGGGUGAUGACAUACGAGCAUCUAUGGACACUGUUUCAACCCGGUGCGACAGUUUUCUCGCGACAAGACGGGCAAGAGACAGCUAUGGUCCUAGUGGAGACACGUUACGGGCAAGAUGCAAAGGGCACUCCGUGCUUCUGGCUUACCUGUAGAUAUGUUGACUGGGACGGCUCGAAAUUUGGUACGCAAAAGAUCAACCUCUCCGUCUCCAUAUACACCGGCACGCGCUCCAUCAGCUCGCUUCGAGUUUACCCGCUGGAGUAUCAUCCCGAGGGACAGGCUAUCCGUACGCGUCUUAUCGAGCGUGGCACCAAGGCUGAAGCACUGGCUGGACCGAAUUACCGUGCUUAUCAGGGCGUCGCGUGGCGACAAGGCGCAUUCGGUGCGAAGGAUAAGUACAACGUCAAAGGCCGGAUUGUCAUCGAUACGUACGGGUGGAACCGCUUCAACCCAACCCACUUAAUCUUCGUAGCUCCACUUAAUCAAAAGGAGCCUACGAACUCAUGGUCUCGCUUAGACGGCGAUCCCAUUGAAAACCUGUUCGGCGACGGCGGAGACGACGAGGAAAACCGCACUGAGGUGGAUGAUUACGAUGAGGAUGAUAGCGGCAUGCCAAUGGACGGUCACUUUGCCGACGAGGAAGAUGCAGCGAAGCACGUCCCACUCACCACCGAGCAAAAGCUCAUCUGCACUCCACUCCUUCGCGGCUAUAGUCUGAAGAACAAGCUUUGGCUUAACUUCUUCGUCAACUGCGUCAAGGAUAUCGAGUGGCAGAAGGAUGCAUUCGACCGACUGGUCCUACCAAAGAACCAGAAAGAACUGAUCCUAGGCUUCACAGAAUCUCAACGCAAGUUCCGGGAUACCUUCGACGACGUGAUCGAAGGCAAGGGCAAGGGCAUGAUUAUUCUUCUAUGCGGCCCGCCUGGCGUUGGCAAGACGCUCACGAGCGAGUCAGUAGCCGAAGAGAUGAAAGUGCCACUGUACAUGAUGAGCGCUGGAGAUCUUGGCUUCGACCCUAGAAAGGUUGAGACCAAGUUGCAGGACAUCCUCGAGAUGUGCAGUCGCUGGAACGCAGUACUCCUUCUCGACGAGGCAGACGUAUUCCUCGAGCAGCGAUCCCUCCACGAGCUCGAGCGCAACAAGCUCGUGUCCAUCUUCCUACGCGUUCUCGAGUACUACGAAGGCACCAUGUUUCUCACCACGAACCGCGUCCAGACCUUCGAUCCCGCCUUCCAAUCGCGCAUCCACAUCUCGCUCGACUAUCAAGAGCUCUCCGUCGACUCGCGCAAAAUGAUCUGGACUAACUUCCUUGACUCCACCUCCGCACAGGAUCACUCCAUUACGGCCCCGCAACUGCAUGAGUUGGCUAGGAUGAACAUGAACGGUCGGCAAAUCAAGAAUAUCCUUAAGAUUGCGAGGUUGCUGGCGAGUAGGAAGGAGGAGAAGCUUAGUCAUGAGCAUAUCGUUACCACGAUGGAGGUCACGCAGCAUCUGCACAAUGAGACGCAGUUUACUGACCGCAUGAGAGGGAGCUUAUAUGGGUGAGCAGUGUGUCUGAGGCGACGGUGGAGUCUAAGUCAGAAAGACUGCUAGAUUCAGUCGUGGAUUAGGCAACGAUAACCUAGCCGAGUGGUACCCGGCAAGGGUCUGGUAUGGUUACAGCAAAGUGGCGCAAGAGAUGGCGAUUACAUCAUGUAUUAUACAAAGAUAGCAGGACCAGGACAAGGAACGAUUCGCCUUCCGAAAGGGUGAUGUCUUUCCUCGCGCCCUAAGGUAGUUCACCGGAUGGUAGCAACGGCGUCAAGCUCAUCCAU